AUGCGCUGCUGGACCUUUGGGACUGCGCUAGGCGUGCUGGCUUUAGGCUCCGUGGAAGGGCUCGACAACUGUGAUAGCAACGUGUUGGUGAAAGCCUACGAAGGUCUCAAUGUGAAACCGCAGCUGGUGUCGUGCAUGACCAAAAACAAAUUUGGCGCUGCGCUGGAUGGAUCCGUGAACUAUGGGUCCAUGAAUGCCGCCACGGCACCCGACCAGAUCAAGACAAUUUGCGCCGUCGACUCGUGCAAAACUAUUCUGUCGGCGCUUGUGAGCAGUAGCAGUUUUGAGCUUACUAACUGCAUUGUCGGCGACAACGUUGUGCUUAAGGUCGAGAUCAGCAACCUACAGGCAAUCUGCACAACUUUAUCGGCUCCUAAGGAAACUCCUACGACUUCGCCCACGGAAGCACCUACGACUCCUCCCACAGAACCUCCCACGGAACCUCCUACGGAAGCACCUACGGAACCUCCGACGGAACCUCCGACGGAACCUCCUACGGAACCUCCUACGGAACCUCCUACGGAACCUCCUACGGAACCUCCUACGGAACCUCCUACGGAACCUCCUACGGAACCUCCUACGGAACCUCCUACGGAACCUCCUACGGAACCUCCGACGGAACCUCCUACGGAACCUCCUACGGAACCUCCGACGGAACCUCCGACGGAACCUCCGACGGAACCUCCGACGGAACCUCCGACGGAACCUCCGACGGAACCUCCGACGGAACCUCCGACGGAACCUCCGACGGAACCUCCGACGGAACCUCCCGACGGAACCUCCGACGGAACCUCCGACGGAACCUCCGACGGAACCUCCGACGGAACUUCCUACGGAACCUCCUACGGAACCACCGACGGAACCUCCUACGGAACCUCCUACGGAACCUCCGACGGAACCUCCGACGGAACCUCCGACGGAACCUCCGACGGAACCUCCGACGGAACCUCCGACGGAACCUCCGACGGAACCUCCGACGGAACCUCCGACGGAACCUCCGACGGAACCUCCGACGGAACCUCCCACGGAACCUCCCACGGAACCUCCCACGGAACUUUUUACGAAACCCCCCAACGGACGCCAGCACAGAAAAUUGAACUGCAAUUCCGUAGCCAAGUGGAAACGUGUGUCCAGGAAAAUGAUCCUGCUCAAGCGCUUCAAGUGUACGAGCAGAUGAAGCGUGAAGGCGUCAGUGUGGCUGCGUACGUCUACAAUAUGAUUAUCAAUCUAUGCAGCAAAGCCAACGAGCCAAUGAACUUUAAAGCGGGAGCAUGUAAAGUGUACGAAGAAAUGAAGCAGCAGGCCAGUGCUGCUACAAACCAGACAAAGAUGAAAGCCGUGGUAGUGGGUGAACCCAUUUACAGUGCCAUGAUCAAGCUCUGCAGCAACGUUAAUGACUUUGACGCGUGCGACGCACUUAUUGCUGAACUAGAGGAAGCAAAAGUGGUGCCCAAGCUACGCACGUUUAGUCCGCUGUUACAGGCGUACAGCGCUGCUGGUAAUCUGGACAAAUGCGUCUGGGUACAUGAAAAGUUACGUUCGCAUGACCUGGAGCCGAUGGAAGACGGUUAUGUGGCACUGCUACGUGUAUGUGUGAAGACAGGCAACGCCGAGCGCUUUUAUGCUUUUCUACAUAGAUUUAUUGACGAAAUCUGGCAGCCGAGUCUGUCAACGUGGGACGUACUGAAAGAGUGGUUUAACAGGCACGUUGGAUCUGAGGCAUCGCAAGUGAACGGCCGGAAAUGGAAGAUUAGUGAGGGUACAGUGAGCAAGGAAGGCGUAUGCUCUGUGACAAACAACCAGUUGCAGUCGUUGGACCUGUCAACAGAGCUGGAAGAGGCGCUCCUGACCAAGAUUGAGAAGCUCGUGCGUACGGACGAGAAGCGCAAGUCACAAUGGGACGAGUUUAAACAGUGGUUGGGGAAGUUUGGGCCAUUUGAUGUGAUUAUUGACGCUGCCAAUGUCGGGUAUUGUAACCAGAAUUUCCACGGCGGUGGCUUUAAUUACGGACAGAUUAAGCUCAUGGUACAGCACUACGAGGCAAAGAACAAGAAGGUGCUAAUUGUGCUGCAUGAACGCCGUACGUUGGACGAGCAGGUGCCGAUUGAGUACCGAACGUUGAUCGCAGAGUGGCGUGCGAGCCACAAGAUGUUCAAUUGCCAGCCUGGUAACAAUGACGACUGGUACUGGCUCUAUGCGGCAGUAAAGCUUGGUGGUCGCACGCUCAUGGUCUCUAACGACGAGAUGCGUGACCACCAUUUUCAAAUGAUUCACAAUCGCUCAUUUGGCCGCUGGAAGGAACGUCACCAGGUUCGUUAUCAGGUGCAUGGACGUCGUGUCAUAGUGAAUGAGCCACUGCCCUACUCAGAACGAUCACAACGUAUUGGGAACGUUUGGCAUUUCCCAUCACGGAAAAAACUCAUCAAGGAAGCAGAAUCGGUUGCACAAGUCACAGACGACAACAACGACGAGACGCACUGGCUAUGCGUUGAAUUGGAAGAGACGUAUUAG